AUGAAAGUAGCUCUUGCGUCAUACAUGAUGGUGUAUGCAUCUGAGAGUCUUGCAUAUAUGGUUAUUGUCCAAAUUCAUUUUCUCAAUCGGGAAAAAGAUUUGAUGUUAAUUAAACGUGGACUUCAAUUGUUAACUGUGUCCAGCACCAACACAAUACAU